GUGCUGCCAUCACGAUCAUCCCGGAUCUCGUCAAUGCGUCGCGCGCCAAGUCGCUGCUGCCACGCCACGGUGUCGCCGUCGGCAACCUGCUCUUCGAGAUGCUGGAGACUCCGUCGCACGGCGACGUGACGCUGCGCGGCCACCCGCUGGCAGAGGGCGACACGUUCGCCGAGGCCGACCUCGAGAGCCACCAGGUGGCGUACCAGCACGACCACUCAGACACGACACGCGACGAGUUCAGAUUCGCGCUCAAGUUCGACGACAUUCCCGUGCUGGACGCGUACGCGUUGGACGCGCGCGUCGGCGUCGUCGUCGUGCCGAUGAACGACCAGCCGUUCGUUCUCGUCACGCAGACGCCGUCGCUCAAGGUCGUGCAGGGCACGCGCACCGCCAUCACGGCCAAGCAGCUGGAGACACGCGACCCGGACACGCCGCCCGAGGAGAUACG